GUGCUGCCGAAGAAGCUCGUCGAGGCCCUGCCCUUCGCGUCGAAGCCGAAAGGCGCGACGGCGCCGAAGUCGUCCAAGCGGCCGGGCUACCUCGCGAGCCGCGGCGACGCGCGGACGGGCCUCGCGCACCCGGAGGCGCCCGAGGCGCGCGCGGCGAAGAAACUGGUCCACCAGCUCAACGCGCUGCGCAACGACAAGAAGCGCACGCGCGACGCGACGAGGGACGUCGCGAAGCAGGCGCGCGCGGCGAAGCUCGCGAAGAUCGACGCGUCCAAGGCCAAGUCGUCCAAGGCCAAGGCCAAGGCCGAGUACAAGCGCCAGGGCAAGGACUCGGCCAAGCAGCGCGCCAAGUUCGGGGGGGACUAA